GCAUGACAAAUAGGACACUCCCACUUUCCUUUUCUUCUUUGGUUCUUGCCUGGGAAAGACGCCAUUUUUGUAUGUAUUUAUCUUUCUCCUUCUCUAAACUGAACCUGAAAUUAUCGGAUCUCGCCGGUAUUUGGAGCGACUCGCCUGACUCCGGUGACCAUGUCCGAGCCCUUACUUGACGCCUAUGACCAGCAAGUGACCACUAAGAGAUCUCCACGUGUCGUCUCCCUCGAUGUCUUCCGUGGUCUCUGCGUCUUCCUGAUGAUUUUAGUUGAUUAUGGUGGCUCAGUUUUUCCCAUAAUCUCUCAUUCCCCCUGGAAUGGUGUCCGUUUGGCUGAUUUUGUGAUGCCGUUUUUUCUUUUUAUUGCUGGAAUUUCUCCGGCACUAGUAUACAAGAAAGUGCCUGACCGAUUUGUAGCUACACAGAGAGCGGUGUUGAGGGGAUUGAAACUAUUUCUUCUUGGUGUUUUUCUUCAAGGGGGUUAUUUUCAUGGAGUAACUUCAAUGACUUAUGGUGUUGACAUUGAAAGAAUACGAUGGCUUGGUAUUUUGCAGCGGAUAUCUAUUGGAUACAUUGCUGCUGCUUUGUGUGAAAUCUGGCUUUCACACCAAACUUGGAAGAGAAUGGGAUUUCUCAAGAAUUACUAUCCCCACUGUCCCAUUUUUUUCCCACAUUCUAGGUGUCUUGCGAUUUUACUAUCAGCAAUAUAUACGGGGUUAUUAUAUGGUCUAUACGUUCCUGAUUGGAAAUUCAAAGUGUUACCUGCAGCCUCUUCACUUCCAUCAAAUGAUACCUCUGUUUACAUGGUGAAAUGCUCUGUGAGAGGAGAUCUUGGACCUGCUUGUAAUUCAGCUGCAAUGAUCGAUCGUUACUUUAUUGGUAUUGAUCAUUUGUAUGCAAAGCCAGUUUACAGAAAUUUGAAGGUGUGCAAUAUGUCCAAUGGCCAAGUUCCGGAGAGUUCACCAUCAUGGUGUAACGCUCCAUUUGAUCCUGAAGGUAUUUUAAGUUCUUUAACAGCUGCAGUGACCUGCAUAAUUGGACUUCAAUAUGGCCAUAUUCUUGCUAACUUACAGGAUCACAAAAGGCGGUUAGAGAGUUGGACCUUGCUUUCAAUCUCCAUUUUUGCUAUUGGAUUGUUUUUAGCCUUCGUUGGCAUCCCUGUAAAUAAGUCUUUGUACACAAUCAGUUAUAUGCUAAUUACUUCUGCUUCUGCUGGAAUUACAUUCUGUAUUAUGUAUCUAUUGGUGGAUGUAUAUGGUUUCAGGCGCUUAACAUUUUUGCUGGAAUGGAUGGGAAUACAUUCCUUGAGUAUUUUCGUUCUCGUCACUUCUAACUUAGCUGUCAUUGCAGUUCAAGGAUUUUACUUACACAGUCCUAAAAAUAACAUGGUUCAUUGGAUCAUAACAUGCUUUGUGAACAAAUGACACGUUUGGCUAAGUUUCCUUCCUACAUGGAAUGGGGAAAUGCAGCCAUGGGAGCAGCUAACUUAAUCUUGGUCCGCCAGCCUUUAUGUUUCUUUUUGCCACUUCUUGUUCCAAGUGUGAAUAUCCAUUUUUUCAUGAGAUAUGUUGUAGGGGCAUAUUUUUACAACAAACCAAAUUGCAUUGUUUAAAUCAGUAUAUACCAGUACCCAAUCUGUAUUUUUUUUUUUUUUGGUAUCUUUAACCGUUAUAGUUCUCUUGCAAAUGACAUUCUUUUCGACCCCCUAUCUUUUUGAGAGGUUGCUUUGUAAAAAAUAAUCAAAUGAUGUCAUUUUACAAAGUAACAUUCUAUAAAUAUAUUGUGACCAUAAAUCGUAUGUAUAACUGUAACAUGUAACUUUAGAUGUUUGAA